AUGCAGUUCAGUAUCUCCUCCCUUUGCAUCGCUCUGUUCACCAUGAGCACCCUUGUGGCUGCAGUCCCCCAAAACAACGCCCGCGAGAAGUUCAAGCAAAACAGCUGCAAGAGCCAAGCGUGCAUAGACUCCGUCGACUCCGGAUGCCCUCUCAGCAACAUCAAUUUUGUUCUCGGCGGCUGCGAUGACCCCAGCCAGUAA